UGGGUGACACCUUGACGAAUGAUGCGCACGCGGCACGGGGGGCUUUAUAAACGCAGUGAGCAUCGGGGAUAGGAGAAGCCUACAGCCCUGCAUUGUAUCUCAACUCCAGGACUCAUCACUUUACUUCUCUUCUUCCAGAGCUAAAAAGCGCUUCAGCAUGAACGACCACUACAACAUUAACGUCAACGACACCGUGGAGAAGUUCCACUGCAACAACGGAUUCAGCGACCUCAGCAUAGACACCAAGAAGUCCGAGCGCGAUACGUCCCGCAAAGAGGAUGAGGACAAGUCAUAUUUAGGCCUACAUGUGCUCGAGGCUGCCUACACCAGCAUCCUCCGGGAGCUCGGGGAGGACACGGACCGGCAGGGGCUGCUGCGCACGCCGCUGCGCGCCGCCAAGGCAAUGCAGUUCCUCACCAAGGGCUACCAAGAGACCAUCAGCGACAUCUUAAACGACGCAAUAUUUGACGAAGACCACAACGAGAUGGUAAUUGUGAAGAACAUAGACAUGUUUUCACUUUGUGAACAUCACCUAGUGCCCUUUUUUGGCAAGGUUCACAUUGGGUAUCUUCCCAACAAAAACGUGGUGGGACUGAGCAAGCUGGCAAGGAUUGUGGAGGUCUUCAGUCGGAGACUCCAAGUUCAAGAGCGUCUGACCAAGCAGAUUGCCAUGGGACUAUCAGAGGCUUUGCAGCCAAAAGGUGUAGCUGUGGUUAUUGAAGCAACGCACAUGUGUAUGGUCAUGCGCGGUGUCCAGAAGAUAAACAGUCGCACUGUGACAAGCACCAUGUUGGGCGUUUACCUGGAGGACCCCAAAACCAGGGAGGAGUUCCUGACUCUUUCACAGAACCCCUAACAAAUGUCCAGGGCCUCUGUAUAAAGUAGCACACAUAAAGCUUUAGAGUAACAGUAGAUCUGACUUCUAGGAAAUCAGACAAACCAGAAAACACAAAGCUGCUUUGAUGCAAGAUCCAAUUACUGUGAACAUAAUAGGAAAUAGAAGAUGACAUUCUCGGUGCCUUUGGUAUAUACUUUACAUCUUACGUCUCAAAUGGCAAUAUUGAUGUUAUAAAGUAUGAUACCUGAUUUUGUAACAUGUAAGAUUAUACUUUUUUUUAAUGGGAAUUUAAUUGCUGCUUUUGCAAAAUGGUACUCCUACAACUUUCCUUGCUUUAUUAUCAUAAGAAGUCACUGAUCGGAAUAAUUUAAUGAACUAGGUGUCAUUUAUAAAUACAUUUAUAAAGUCUUUGUAAUAUUUGACAUUUCUAAGAUACAAAUUAAAUAUGUAGCCCAAAGAGUAUAAUAAAUGAUGUACUGAAAAGAUUUGGUUUCAUCAAUGACCACUGUAGCAAUGUAUUUUAAAGAUUCUUUGCCUAAAUAAAAUGAUACAAACAUGAAAUGUUCUCCAUCUUAGUUAAGCGUUUUAGUAUGUCAGUAUUGGCUGAUUAUUAUAUUGGCACAAAACUGCAGAAACAUAAUGUACUAUACUGUAUAUACAGUAUAGUACAUUAUGUAUACUAUUAAUAUGUAUGGACUUGGGACACGGCUAUUGAGUUGAUACUCGACAUUAGCUUUGCAUCAGUAUUGGACAUCAGAAGUGUUGGUCAAACUAAAUACAUUUUUAUUAAUUGAUUUUAUAUAUUUAUUAUUUUUAUUCCAUGACUAAAAUGUGCGGUCAAUGAGUAGCUUGCAAUGCAUUUUCUGCAAUUAAUUAACUAAAAGCAUCAAAAUGCAAGGCAAAUACAUGUUCACACACUCAUUAAUAGGUUGCACAUGCAGCUUGCUCAGUCAAUAGGAUGGAUAGAUAGGAUUCGGGCUAGACUAUUAGGCUAGAGUGAAGACCCCUAAAAGUGCUUUAGUUUCUAAGAUACCCCUACUAGGUAGAACAAAGCAUAACAAUGUAUUCAUAUUCUCGAUUCAAACUGACACAGCCCCAUAAAAAAAGCAUACAAAGGCCAGGCCGUAUGGGAGAUGAUACAUGUGGACUAAAGUAAUUUCUUAAUGCAAGUCUGAUUGAUCCUAAAUGUGGUGUGACAGUGGGCCGGGGGUUCAUCUACAUGUGUGAAAAAAACAGAGCGUGUUGGGUGUCUGGGUAGCUCAACUGGUAGAGCGAGCGCCAAUAUACAGAGGUUUACUCCUAGACGCACCGGCCGCAGUUUCGACUCCAACCUGUGGCCCUUUGCUGCAUGUCUCUCUCUCUCCCCUUUCAUGUCUUCAGCUGUCCUGUAAAUGAGGGCAUAAAAUGCCCAAGAAAUAAU